AUGUCCACCACAAUACGACCCCUCUUAUCUCCCACCCUCUCCUUCAAAUCCUCCUUCCCUCCCACUCAAUUCCAACCCUUUAGGCUCCAAUUCGGACCCAAACUCAUCGGCUUUUCCCCCAAACCCUCAACUUUCCCUCUCGGAAGACGUUUCGCGCUAAACGACAAGGUCAGUAACGGCGACGUUUUGACAGGGUUAGAUGAAGCAGAGAAAGAGGCGCGAGGAAAUAGCACCAUGCCCGAACGCUUUAGGUACCUCGCCAAAGAAGUUCCCAGUCCUCCUGUUAGGUGGCCAUGGUUUGUGGUGAUGGCUUUUCUCAUCUAUGCUUGGAGAGUUGUUCUAUUUGAACUGUCAAACUGGAAGAAUGCUGCAUUAGCAAUUGCUCGUUUUAUAGGAUAUGUCUUGAAAUACGCAUUUGCAGUAGUCUACCAUUUCAUAGGAAGUCCAAUCACGUUUUCAAUUAGAUGCAUGGAGGAUUUAUUUUACACAAUUCGGGCUUGUUACUCUUGGAUAAUUAGCAAUGCCCCCGUACCAGACCUGACCCUCAUCGUUGUGCUAGCAUCAAUUGUUUUAGCCAUUGGUGAAGCUACUGUACCAAACUGCAUCAACAACCAACCUUAUGUUUUGACUGUAUCUGGUCUUAUUGGCUAUGCUGCUGUCAGAGGAUAUAUCUCUGAACCUUUGUUCUGGACCCUUCUGCUUGGGGUGUAUGCCUUUUCAAAAUUUCUCAAGAAGAGAGAUGAUGUUUCAGCUGCAAUGCCAGUUGCAGCCGUGCUUGCUGGUGUUGGGGAACCUUGGGUUAGAGUUUUGGUGAUUAUUUCAUACACAGCCUUAGCCAUAUAUCAGUAUUCCAAAAUGCCUUCAGAAGGGAAAGAAGCUGGGGAAGUUGAAACAAGAGAGACAAGGCUUCCAAUUCCACUUCUUCUUUCAGCUUUAGCUAUUGGCUUGCGAGUUGCUGCUAAGUGGUCUGGGUACAGGCACUUGACAUGGAUGAUUGUAUGA